UCUGUAUCCCCUCUUCUUACAUGAACCUCCAUCCAAACAAAACAAGAAAAGGAAAAGAGGGGUAGAAGAAGAAAACCCUAAUUUUGCUUCAAUGGAAAACCAUCAAUAUCAUUAUCAUCAUCAAGAAAUGCAAUUACUUCCAAGCCCUAAUCAAUCUUUGCCCCCAAAUUCUUCAUCCCAAUUUGACCCUUCUCCUCCAUCACUAGACCUUCAACUAUCUAUAAGCCUCACACCCUUGAAGCAGCAUCAUCUCCUUCAUCAUCAUCAUCAGCCCACUUCAGAUUAUUCUUCAUGUGUCCUAAUAAAACAGCAAUCUCAUCAUGUCAAAGAUUGUAGUGGAAUCAACAAUGAUGCCAAGAUUGACUCUACCUGUGUGGAGGCCCUCAAGUGGCAGGCAGCCGAGCAGAUUCGUCUGGCGGCCAUGGAGAAGGCUUAUGCAGAGCGCGUGAUGGAGCUGACAAGGAGGGAGAUGGAGCUGGCUCAGUCGGAAUUUGCCCGGGCACGCGCCUUGUGGGCCCGUGCGAUGGAAGAAGUUGAGAGGGCUGAGAAGAUAAAAGAGAGAGCAACUCAUAGAAUGGACCAUGAUCAUAAUCAUGAUGAAGAAGAAGAUCCCACCUCAUGCAUGGAGAUCACUUGUUUUUCCUGCAGGCAGAAGUUUAGACCUAAUUAAACUUUCUCUUUCUCUAUUUCUCUCUCUCUCUCUCUCUCUCUCUUUGAUCACUUGUGUAGGAAUGAAUAAUAAUAACAGACUACUUUGUUUGCAAAAAAAAAGCCUCCUUUUUUAUGGGCCCUUUGAUUUUCUUCUUGUGAUUCUUCUUGUGAUUCUUGAUUGAAUUGAAAGUGUGUUUUGGUUGUACUAA